AUGACUACCACAACCACAAGCAUCUCUCUCUUCUUCCUUCUCUUUGCCCCAAUCUCCCUGCAACUCCAUGCCAGAGAAACCCAAUUCUUCAGCAAGUUCAGCAACCAUAUCCCCAUACAAGAUGAACUCCUUCCCACCACCAUUCAACCACAACAACAAGACCAAAACUUCAUCCCACAAACCACAGACUCCACUGGCUACGGCCUCUACGGCCACCUUCCGCCCUCAACCACCGCUCCUGCCACCACCGACCGUGGUGCUUAUCACAACACCGUUGCUUACAGCAAGGAUUCUUUCGACACUUCUACUGAUGCACAGUAUGCUAUUGCUGGCAGAAACCAGUUUAACGGUGACAGAAGCAUGUACAUGAAUCACGAGAAGCAAGACAAGUUCUACGGCCACCUUGAUCCUUCCUUAACCACCACUCCUGCCGCCACCAACGGUGGUGCUUAUGACAACCUCCCCACCACCCUUCCCGAAAACUAUAAUACGGUUGCUUACACCACCCCUAUCCAUAGCGAGAAUUCUUAUGAAACUACUGCCACAGAAUAUGACAACAAAGAGUACCAGUACAAUGGUGACAGCAGAAUGUACAACUCUAAGAAGCAGGGAUCGGGUGACACUAGGGUUUUGGAUUAUGGAAAGUACAAUCAUGUCAGCGAUAUGUACAACACCGAGAAGCAGGGAAUGAGUGAUACGAGGUACAUGGAUAAGGGAAAGUACUAUUAUGACCUCAGUAGUGAAAGUUCCAAUCCAAGAGUAUUUGGUUCAAGGAAUGGGUACAAGUACAACAACAGAGGGUAUUAUGGGAAUGAUGAUAAUUCAUACCAUAGGUACAACUCUAAUGCAAGGUUCCAAGAGAACCAAGAAGAUGUGUUCACUCCUUAAUGCGUUCAUUUUCUUUCUUACUUGUAAUAUUUAUGAACUCUUUUAUUUUUCA